CUAAGUUAACGUUGUCUGUUCUGUUGUCUAGCGGGACUGAACCCGAACAGACAUGGCAGAGCUAACUCAUAUGAUAGACAGCGAGGUGUUCCUGGCCUUCUCUACCUACGCCACUAUCGUCGUCCUCAAGAUGAUGCUGAUGUCUCCUAUGACUGGAUACUUCCGCCUCACGAGAAAGGCAUUUGCUAACCAGGAGGACACCAGUCUGGCCUCCUCUACAGAGGACAAGAAGAAGAUGGUCAGGGUGGAUCCUGAUGUGGAGAGAGUACGAAGAUGCCACCAGAACGACCUGGAGAACAUCAUUCCGUUCGUAGUGAUUGGUCUGCUGUAUACCCUGACGGGGCCAGACCUCUCCACUGCUCUGCUCCACUUCCGGGUGUUUGUUGUUUCCAGGCUCUUCCACACGGUGGCCUACGUCCUCCCCCUGCGCCAGCCCAGCAGAGCUGUGGCCUUCCUCACCGGCCUGGUCACCACCAGCUCUAUGGCCUAUAGGGUUCUGAUUACAGCGCUUUAUCUGUAGAGGCCUGAGGGACACACACACACACACACACACACACACACACACACACACACACACACACACACACACACACACACACACACACACACACACACACACACACACACACACACACACACACACACACACACACACCAGUACAAGGGCCCUGUCUUUGAGGGUCUCCAUUGAAUGUCCUUGAGGAUACAUCUACGUUUAUCAUUUGAAAGUAUGAUGGAAUACCAAAGCUGUUCCUUCUGUGUCUCUGAUAGGAUUAUAACAUGCUGUUACUGCAGUACAUAUCAGAAUGUCCCUUCUGUGUCUCUGAUAGGAUUAUAACAUGCUGUUACUACAGUACAUAUCAGAAUGUCCCUUCUGUGUCUCUGAUAGGAUUAUAACAUGCUGUUACUACAGUACAUAUCAGAAUGUCCCUUCUGUGUCUCUGAUAGGAUUAUAACAUGCUGUUACUACAGUACAUAUCAGAAUGUCCCUUCUGUGUCUCUGAUAGGAUUAUAACACGCUGUUACUGCAGUACAUAUCAGAAUGUCCCUUCUGUGUCUCUGAUAGGAUUAUAACACCACAGUACAUAUCAGAAUGUCCCUUCUGUGUCUCUGAUAGGAUUAUAACAAGCUGUUACUGCAGUACAUAUCAGAAUGUCCCUUCUGUGUCUCUGAUAGGAUUAUAACAUGCUGUUACUGCAGUACAUAUCAGAAUGUCCCUUCUGUGUCUCUGAUAGGAUUAUAACACUACAGUACAUAUCAGAAUGUCCCUUCUGUGUCUCUGAUAGGAUUAUAACAUGCUGUUACUGCAGUACAUAUCAGAAUGUCCCUUCUGUGUCUCUGAUAGGAUUAUAACAAGCUGUUACUGCAGUACAUAUCAGAAUGUCCCUUCUGUGUCUCUGAUAGGAUUAUAACAUGCUGUUACUGCAGUACAUAUCAGAAUGUCCCUUCUGUGUCUCUGAUAGGAUUAUAACACUACAGUACAUAUCAGAAUGUCCCUUCUGUGUCUCUGAUAGGAUUAUAACAAGCUGUUACUGCAGUACAUAUCAGAAUGUCCCUUCUGUGUCUCUGAUAGGAUUAUAACAUGCUGUUACUGCAGUACAUAUCAGAAUGUCCCUUCUGUGUCUCUGAUAGGAUUAUAACAUGCUGUUACUGCAGUACAUAUCAGAAUGUCCCUUCUGUGUCUCUGAUAGGAUUAUAACAUGCUGUUACUGCAGUACAUAUCAGAAUGUCCCUUCUGUGUCUCUGAUAGGAUUAUAACACCACAGUCCAUAUCAGAAUGCCCCUUCUGUGUCUCUGAUAGGAUUAUAACACGCUGUUACUACAGUACAUAUCAGAAUGUCCCUUCUGUGUCUCUGAUAGGAUUAUAACAUGCUGUUACUGCAGUACAUAUCAGAAUGUCCCUUCUGUGUCUCUGAUAGGAUUAUAACAUGCUGUUACUGCAGUACAUAUCAGAAUGUCCCUUCUGUGUCUCUGAUAGGAUUAUAACACUGCAGUACAUAUCAGAAUGUCCCUUCUGUGUCCCUGAUAGGAUUAUAACAUGCUGUUACUGCAGUACAUAUCAGAAUGUCCCUUCUGUGUCUCUGAUAGGAUUAUAACAUACUGUUACUGCAGUACAUAUCAGAAUGUCCCUUCUGUGUCUCUGAUAGGAUUAUAACACUGCAGUACAUAUCAGAAUGUCCCUUCUGUGUCUCUGAUAGGAUUAUAACAUGCUGUUACUGCAGUACAUAUCAGAAUGUCCCUUCUGUGUCUCUGACAGAAUUAUAACACUGCAGUACAUAUCUGAAUGUCCCUUCUGUGUCUCUGAUAAGAUUAUAACAUGCUGUUACUGCAGUACAUAUCAGAAUGUCCCUUCUGUGUCUCUGACAGAAUUAUAACACUGCAGUACAUAUCAGAAUGUCCCUUCUGUGUCUCUGAUAGGAUUAUAACAUGCUGUUACUGCAGUACAUAUCAGAAUGUCCCUUCUGUGUCUCUAAUAGGAUUAUAACAUGCUGUUACUGCAGUACAUAUCAGAAUGUCCCUUCUGUGUCUCUGAUAGGAUUAUAACACGCUGUUACUGCAGUACAUAUCAGAAUGUCCCUUCUGUGUCUCUGAUAGGAUUAUAACAUGCUGUUACUGCAGUACAUAUCAGAAUGUCCCUUCUGUGUCUCUGAUAGGAUUAUACCACUGCAGUACAUAUCAGAAUGUCCCUUCUGUGUCUCUGAUAGGAUUAUAACACUGCAGUACAUAUCAGAAUGUCCCUUCUGUGUCUCUGAUAGGAUUAUAACAUGCUGUUACUGCAGUACAUAUCAGAAUGUCCCUUCUGUGUCUCUGAUAGGAUUAUAACAAGCUGUUACUGCAGUAUAUAUCAGAAUGUCCCUUCUGUGUCUCUGAUAGGAUUAUAACAUGCUGUUACUGCAGUACAUAUCAGAAUGUCCCUUCUGUGUCUCUGAUAGGAUUAUAACAUGCUGUUACUGCAGUACAUGUCAGAAUGUCCCUUCUGUGUCUCUGAUAGGAUUAUAACACUGCAGUACAUAUCAGAAUGUCCCUUCUGUGUCUCUGAUAGGAUUAUAACAUGCUGUUACUGCAGUACAUAUCAGAAUGUCCCUUCUGUGUCUCUGAUAGGAUUAUAACAUGCUGUUACUGCAGUACAUGUCAGAAUGUCCCUUCUGUGUCUCUGAUAGGAUUAUAACACUGCAGUACAUAUCAGAAUGUCCCUUCUGUGUCUCUGAUAGGAUUAUAACAAGCUGUUACUGCAGUACAUAUCAGAAUGUCCCUUCUGUGUCUCUGAUAGGAUUAUAACAUGCUGUUACUGCAGUACAUAUCAGAAUGUCCCUUCUGUGUCUCUGAUAGGAUUAUAACAUGCUGUUACUGCAGUACAUAUCAGAAUGUCCCUUCUGUGUCUCUGAUAGUAUUAUAACAUGCUGUUACUGCAGUAUGUAUCAGAAUGUCCCUUCUGUGUCUCUGAUAGUAUUAUAACACUGCAGUACAUAUCAGAAUGUCCCUUCUGUGUCUCUGAUAGGAUUAUAACAUGCUGUUACUGCAGUACAUAUCAGAAUGUCCCUUCUGUGUCUCUGAUAGGAUUAUAACAUGCUGUUACUGCAGUACAUAUCUGAAUGUCCCUUCUGUGUCUCUGAUAGGAUUAUAACAUGCUGUUACUGCAGUACAUAUCAGAAUGUCCCUUCUGUGUCUCUGAUAGGAUUAUAACAUGCUGUUACUGCAGUACAUAUCAGAAUGUCCCUUCUGUGUCUCUGAUAGGAUUAUAACAUGCUGUUACUGCAGUACAUAUCAGCAUGUCCCUUCUGUGUCUCUGAUAGGAUUAUAACACCACAGUACAUAUCAGAAUGUCCCUUCUGUGUCUCUGAUAGGAUUAUAACAUGCUGUUACUGCAGUACAUAUCAGAAUGUCCCUUCUGUGUCUCUGAUAGGAUUAUAACAUGCUGUUACUGCAGUACAUAUCAGAAUGUCCCUUCUGUGUCUCUGAUAGGAUUAUAACAUGCUGUUACUGCAGUACAUAUCAGAAUGUCCCUUCUGUGUCUCUGAUAUGAUUAUAACAUGCUGUUACUACAGUACAUAUCAGAAUGUCCCUUCUGUGUCUCUGAUAGGAUUAUAACACUACAGUACAUAUCAGCAUGUCCCUUCUGUGUCUCUGAUAGGAUUAUAACAUGCUGUUACUGCAGUACAUAUCAGCAUGUCCCUUCUGUGUCUCUGAUAGGAUUAUAACAUGCUGUUACUGCAGUACAUAUCAGAAUGUCCCUUCUGUGUCUCUGAUAGGAUUAUAACAUGCUGUUACUGCAGUACAUAUCAGAAUGUCCCUUCUGUGUCUCUGAUAGGAUUAUAACAUGCUGUUACUACAGUACAUAUCAGAAUGUCCCUUCUGUGUCUCUGAUAGGAUUAUAACAUGCUGUUACUGCAGUACAUAUCAGAAUGUCCCUUCUGUGUCUCUGAUAGGAUUAUAACAUGCUGUUACUGCAGUACAUAUCAGAAUGUCCCUUCUGUGUCUCUGAUAGGAUUAUAACAUGCUGUUACUGCAGUACAUAUCAGAAUGUCCCUUCUGUGUCUCUGAUAGGAUUAUAACAUGAUGUUACUGCAGUACAUAUCAGAAUGUUCCUUCUGUGUCUCUGAUAGGAUUAUAACACUGCAGUACAUAUCAGAAUGUCCCUUCUGUGUCUCUGAUAGGAUUAUAACAUGCUGUUACUGCAGUACAUAUCAGAAUGUCCCUUCUGUGUCUCUGAUAGGAUUAUAAUACUGCAGUACAUAUCAGAAUGUCCCUUCUGUGUCUCUGAUAGGAUUAUAACACCACAGUCCAUAUCAGAAUGUCCCUUCUGUGUCUCUGAUAGGAUUAUAACAUGCUGUUACUGCAGUACAUAUCAGAAUGUCCCUUCUGUGUCUCUAAUAGGAUUAUAACAUGCUGUUACUGCAGUACAUAUCAGAAUGUCCCUUCUGUGUCUCUGAUAGGAUUAUAACACGCUGUUACUGCAGUACAUAUCAGAAUGUCCCUUCUGUGUCUCUGAUAGGAUUAUAACAUGCUGUUACUGCAGUACAUAUCAGAAUGUCCCUUCUGUGUCUCUGAUAGGAUUAUACCACUGCAGUACAUAUCAGAAUGUCCCUUCUGUGUCUCUGAUAGGAUUAUAACACUGCAGUACAUAUCAGAAUGUCCCUUCUGUGUCUCUGAUAGGAUUAUAACAUGCUGUUACUGCAGUACAUAUCAGAAUGUCCCUUCUGUGUCUCUGAUAGGAUUAUAACAAGCUGUUACUGCAGUAUAUAUCAGAAUGUCCCUUCUGUGUCUCUGAUAGGAUUAUAACAUGCUGUUACUGCAGUACAUAUCAGAAUGUCCCUUCUGUGUCUCUGAUAGGAUUAUAACAUGCUGUUACUGCAGUACAUGUCAGAAUGUCCCUUCUGUGUCUCUGAUAGGAUUAUAACACUGCAGUACAUAUCAGAAUGUCCCUUCUGUGUCUCUGAUAGGAUUAUAACAUGCUGUUACUGCAGUACAUAUCAGAAUGUCCCUUCUGUGUCUCUGAUAGGAUUAUAACAUGCUGUUACUGCAGUACAUGUCAGAAUGUCCCUUCUGUGUCUCUGAUAGGAUUAUAACACUGCAGUACAUAUCAGAAUGUCCCUUCUGUGUCUCUGAUAGGAUUAUAACAAGCUGUUACUGCAGUACA